AUGGCUUCACAACAAAAUACCACCUCACCAACACGAGUAUUUGUUUAUGGAACUUUGAAGAAGGGCUUUGCCAAUCAUCAACACAAAAUGCAACCCGAACGAUAUCAAAACUGUACUCUCAUCUCAGCUCAUGCAAAAACUCUUCACUCAUUUCCUCUCAUCAUUGCUGGCGAGAGACACGUGCCCUAUCUCAUGGAUUAUGAAGGAAAGGGACAUCAAAUCCAAGGAGAAGUCUAUGAAGUUCGGGAUGAAGGACAUCUUUUAGAGCUGGAUCAAUUUGAGGGAUGUGAUGUGGGCCAUUAUCGUCGCGUAUUGAUUGAUAUUCUCAUAGAUCCAACAAAGAGCACUACCACCGAGAAGUGUUAUGUUUAUAUGAGGAAUAAACAAGAAGGUGAUGAUGAAUUACUGAAACAGAAGGAAAUGAUACCUUGUUUUACAGAAGAACAUAAUAUGAAUUAUUCAAGAGCUUCGGAACAUGUGGGGUAA